GAAAGAAUCAGAUUCAAAAGAGAGGGGGAGGAAGAGGACAACGACAGAGGAAAAAAAAAAAAAAAAAAGCCCAGACAGAAAGAGGCCAUCAGACAAGGUCGCUUUUUCUGGCGACACAGCAAGUGCUAGGAACGUGGUGCUGAAUACCAUCCACCGGCUCUGCCAGGAGACCUAGGGACUCACAGAAGCCCUUUGCACAGGCAGGAAAACAAAGGAGGGAGAGGACAGGCGGAGAGGGGAUGUGAGCAGCUCCCCUUUAUCGCUAGGAAACCAAGCUCGGUUCCUCCGCCAGGAAGGAGAAGGGAGCCCGAGAGGUGAGGAAGGCUCCUGGGAGCGCAGAGCAGAGACACGGCAGAACUCUGGACUGCGCCUCCGACACUGACAAGGCUCAGUUCCAGGGUCCGCUCUCCAGAGCCUGGCUCCUUAGUACCAGCUUCUGGACUCCCACCCAUCGCCCGCGGUCCCUGUGUGAACGCGCAAAGGGCUGGAUCAGCCCUGUCUUCUCUGGCCUGGCCACGGAAAUGGUUCUCUAGUUCUGGAAAUCCAGACCUUGUGGAUGAUGUUUUGCUGGUGAAAAAAGAAAAGUUUGAGGAGCUGGACUGUUGUAGAGGGCGGAAAAAGCUGAGGAGGACUUUGGAAGAAAGAAGGUAGAUGAUCAGCUUCCAUCUCUGAGCUGGAAGGAAUGAUGACCCAAGAAGAAUGUGCACCAGCGGCCAGAUCAUUGGGAGCCUUUUGGUGCUCUCUGUGCUGGAGAUAGGGCUGGGGGUGUCCAGCGUGGCCGUGGGGGCGGUCAGCUUCAGCCUGGCUCUCCGAGAGCACACGCCGCAGCUCGGAGACUCGUCCCCGUUUCUUCUAUGUGGCAUAUGUGGAAUACUGUGCGCCAAAAAAAAGUCAGGACUUGUUAUGAUCCUCUUUUCAGCCUGCUGUAUCUGUGGACUCAUUGGAGGCAUCUUGAAUUUUCAGUUUCUUCGGGCAGUCACAAAAAAGACCUCAUCCCUGUACCCACUGCAUCUUGCUUCCAUGUCUUUGGCAUGUAUCGGCAUUGGGGGCUGCACUGUCUCCUCUUGGCUCACUUGUCGACUAGCCAGCUAUGAGCAAAGGAGGAUGUUCUCAGAAAGGGAACAUUCCCUGCAUCACUCUCAUGAAAUGGCUGAGAAAAGAUUGAGGGCUAUUGAAAUAACCGACUUGCCCAGCUGCCCGGUGGUGCCCCCGACACCAGAGUUACCUACAAGGAAAUGACAGACAACAUGAGCAAUGGAGCACCACAACUGAUAUUUAAUGGAAGAGUACAAUCAAUGUUUUAAAGAACUGGACAUUUUUCAGGUUGUUCAUGAGGCAGGAGAGGCUGAAGACCUCUCUGGGAGCAGCAGUUAAAAUGAUUCUUGGACUUGCUGUUAUUUCUCCUGGGCAUCCACUAAAAUUAUUCCUUCUCAAUUUGACCUCACUCACCCUCUAGCCCCUUCUAGAGGGUAUUUCCAGAAAUGUAGCUUAGUCAUCUCAGCAGCCUGACCAAUUGCUCUGAAGAAGAUUCUUCCAAAAAAAAACUAAAUGGAAAUAGCAGUAAUUAAUACUGUACAGAAACACCAUUUGACUAGCAUGAGCUUUAGAAUUGUAAUUGCAUAUUUUAUGAAUAAUUCAAAAGUAAACACAUCAAGAACUAACAAUAACUUAUUGAUGUCUUUGUUUUGAAAGACAAAUGACUUCAAGUAUGCUAAAAUCAAGACCUCAGCAAUGCCUUGUUGCAACAACAUUGUAAUUAAUUUCAAUUGGUGAAUGAACUGUAUUUCAUAAUUUAUUUGUAAAUUACCAAAAAAAAUGAAGCUUAAAAGGAGAUUUUUUAGUGAGAGAAAGAAUAUUAAUCUGUAUGAUAUUUUUGCACUUUUGAACAAGUGAAUAUUAUGUAAGGAAAAUAGAUGUUUUCAUUAUGCUGUGCAAAUUGAUCUUCAUGUUUCUGAAUGAGUCUAAGAAUAAAGUAAUGUAUAUACAUAGGUGUAUAUAUACUGUAAAUACAAAAAAUACACACAGCAUAUAUUUAUAGCUACAUGAAUGUAAAUAGGUAAUAGGAAAAAAAUUGUGAUGGUAUGAGGUUAUUCCACUGGCUACUGCUCAAAGCUUUCUAAGCCCACAAUGUCACAUAUUUAAUUUCUAUGCUAUCCAUCCAUCCUUCUUUUUCUUAAAUCUAUUGUGUGGUAGAUAAGCAUUGUGACUGAGUGACUUGAAUGUUGAAGCAUGAAUGCAAACUACUUAGUUGUUGGUAUUUUACUGUGAUUAUGGUGUUUAUGUAAAAGUAAUUGUUAAUAUUGAGUUUUAAGUAUCACUCCAAUCAUAUAAAUCCCUAUUUCUAAACAAAAAUUAUUAUCUAAGAUUAUUCCUAAUAUGUUUAUUUCAUAUAACUUUCAGCCAAAUUAAGCUCAGUAAUUGGGAAGUGGUAACCUAAGUGAAGUUAACACUACCUUUGCUAUACUUUAGGUGUUUUAUCUCCUUUGAUGAUUAACAUGAAGGUCAUGUGUUGGAAAGUAUAUGUUCAAAGUAUCUGAAGGAGUUCUCAGUAUAAGAAAAUUGAAAGACAAACUGAUGUUUUGUCUUUCUAGACAUAGCUAGAGCCAAUUCUUCUCUUCUACAAUAGAAUAUUAAAAUAACAACCAACAAUAUGUAUAAAAGAUCAAACAUCAUGUACUCUGAAGAUUUUUGUGAAAAUUAAUCUCUGGAAACAUACAAAUUAAUAUUUUAAAUAAGUAACAUUGCAUUGCAUAUUUUUAUUAAUUCCUAAAACUAAGCAAAUUUCAACUAAUUUUUCUGAGUUACUCAAUCACAGUUAAAUUGGUAUAUGUCAUGCUCAGUAUAAGAACACCUUAUAGUCACAAGCAAGACAAGAGUUUUCACUGUGCUAACAAAACAGCAAUAAUUUGGUUUAAGUUUCCACACGCCUUUGACAAUGUCAUCAUUAAAUCUGUUGAGAUGAACUCCUUAGAAAAUUCUGGCUGAACAGAAAUAAAUGAUCUCUGCUUAUUUUUGGUAUAGUUUUAAACUCUUCCUCACUUGUUUGGAUACUUCAUUGUCUGGUAUACUACAAAUAGUGCCCAUAGAUUUGAUCUAAAAUAAUGAAUCAUCAUCAUCACUAUUCAUUUCAUGCUACACAUAGGCAUGAUAUUUGCCACUAAAUAUACUAACUGUAAAAACAUAGAAAUCUCACCUAUAUAUGGUUAUACUAAAUUUAUGUUGGAGGUGACUUAAUCUUUAAGGAAGAAACCACUGACUCUAAUUUUGGUAACAUUUCUCUGUUGGCAUGUAAAAUACAGAAUUAGAAUGCAUCAACACAUUUAAUGACCUUUGAAUUUAUUUAUUAAAGCACAUAUUAAAAAACCGAAGUAGGCUACCACUUCUUUGAAACAAUUAAAAAGAAAUUCAAUCACUUCGGUUAUCUAAAUAGUUCACUGUCUGUGUGUGUGUGUGUAAUCAAUUUUAGACACAUCUUUAAAUGUAACUAUUUCAACCUUGUACUUUCUUAGCUCAAAUUGGAGUGGUUUACUUAGGGUAUAAGGUGAUUCUUGAGAUAAGUGAGGGAAGUUAAGUCAUUAUUCAAGUAAUUGAAAUUUUAAUUUCAACAACAAACUGACAAAGAAUAAAAAAAUGAGUGCCUACAUCAUAGUUUUAGUAUACCUCUACCCUUGAGGAAAUAUAAUGUGAUGUUAAAUUAGGAAAAUAUAUGUGAAACUGGUGUGGAGUAUGCUUUAAAUGCAAAAAGAAAAAGCUGUUACUUCUAGGAAAUUUAAAAAUAUAUUUGUAUGUGUAUAUAUGUGUUAUAUACACACAUCUGUUUUGAAAUGGAACAUUGUAUGAUGACUCUUGAUGUUUAUGUAAUAAAACCAUAUGCUUUGAAACUA